AUGCCUCAUUUAACAGACUGUUCUUACUACAAGGUACAAACACACUUGGAAAAUCAAUCUAGACAUCACAUUCAGCAAAGCCAGAAACACCAAGUGAAACAAUACCUGACACUUGACACCAAGCUCUCCAGCCAAACCCUCUCACUGUCCCACUGCCAUACAGUCCAGCCUGCAGGAGCUACACCCGUUCCAAGAAACGGACAUAUGCCUCCUGUCAGCGAUAUUGGCGCUCCAGAAAGUCCAGUUACCAAGUUACUGGGUCUUGGAGGACAACAUGAAAAUGUGAUGGAGGAGGUUAUUGAUGACAUCAUCAAUAUGGAAUCAAGUUUUAAUGACGAAGGGAUAGGUUGCUCCGAAGCUACACUACUAAUGCAAAGAACUCUGUCCAGUAGCAUUUUGGAUAUAUACAACAGGGAUCAAGGAUUGUCACCUUCUAAUAUGGGUCUUACAAAUGCUUCCUGCCCAUCUUCUCUACCAGUAAAAAGGGAAAUCACAGCAGAUACACGAGCAAUGGCAAAGGAGAGGCAAAAAAAGGACAACCACAACCUCAUUGAAAGAAGAAGAAGGUAUAAUAUUAAUUACCGAAUCAAGGAGCUUGGCACGCUUAUUCCAAAAUCUAAUGAUCCUGAUAUGCGCUGGAACAAAGGAACUAUUUUAAAAGCAUCAGUGGAGUACAUCAAGUGGCUACAAAAAGAACAACAGAGAGCUAGAGAAUUAGAACACAGACAGAAGAAAUUAGAGCAGACUAACAGAAGACUUCUACUUCGAAUUCAGGAACUAGAAAUACAGGCUCGUGCACAUGGGCUACCACUCAUGUCUUCACUCGGUGCUGUGGAUGUAGCUGCCCAGGUCAUCAAGCAACAGACACAUCCAGAGGAGAAUUCCAUAGACUAUUCUCAGCAACUGGUUCCGGUACAUGGACCAAGUGCUGACCUUUGUGAUGGAUCAACAGCCUUUUCUGAUCCUCUCUCGCAUUUCACCGAUUUGUCUUUUAGCGCUGCUUCAAAAGAAGAACAAAGGUUGGAGGAAAUCUUGCUGGAUGACACAAUAUCACCAUUUGGAACAGAUCCACUCUUGUCUUCAAUAUCGCCUGCUGCAUCAAAAGAGAGCAGCAGAAGAAGUAGCUUUAGCACAGAUGAUGGAGAGGAUUUCUAA